AUGGUUUUUAUGCAGAUAUCCUCCUCGUAUCUUAAGAGACACAAAAGAAAAAAAGGUAUCAGAGGAGGAGAGACUGAGCAAAAUGAAAACGAAGAGGUAGGUGCUCAACUAAAAAGCAAUGAAGACCUGGAUAAUAACGAAAAAUCGGAAGUAAUUAUAGAAAAUAGUAACGCUGAGCAAAGCAGACAAAACAGCCAAGACUUAGACCAAAACCAUAGUGAAGCUAAGCAGAGUAAUGAAAAUAAUUCUGGAACAAGCCAGAAACUUGAAGAGAGCCAAAAUAAUGAACAAGAUAGGAGUGAAGCACAAAUUACAGAGAAUAAAAACGAUGAAGAUAAUAAUAGCAAAAAUGAUCCUUCAAAUGAAAGAGAAAAUGAGAAGUUUACUGAAAUUAAUGAAAACAAUACACUUAAUCAUGAUGAGAAUGAAGGUGACACUUUCACACCACAGGAGUUGUUGCCAAUAACGCAAAAAUUAUUAUCUAAAGAAGGAAAAGGCUUUGUGAGCUCUUCCGAGAAUCCUGAACAACUCGCUGAUAAGCUGUUUGAAGCGUUCUUUAUGACGUUCAAACGUAUAGUUACAUUAUCAGAAAAUGACAUUGACGGACUCGAUGCCCUACAAGCUCUCGCUCUCAGUGGCGAAGCCGUUGAUAAUACUGAGGAUGCUACUGAACCAGGAGAGACUGUAUUGUUACGAGUUAUUAUGAAAAGCCUACAGGCGAAUGAAAAUAAGUUACGGACAGGGGAAAGUGGAGGAAUAAAACUUGCUAAGAAACUAAGAAAGAAGCGGCGUCUGGUGGUAAAUAAAAGAAGAGUGGGGCAAGAUGGCAAGCAGAAGCCAGCGUGUCAUUGGAGAUACGAGUGCACAUCUCCAACUGAACUUGACACGUGUCGUGUUUAUACUCAGUGCAUAAACGAUACAAAAGCAACUAAAGCUGAAUAUAUCGAAGUGCCACACAAAAGCGACCAACAUUCGAAAGCAGUUCAGGAUUUUCGUAAGAUGUUAGGAAUAUCACUCAUAGACGAAGAAGUAGAAAAAAUAUUGGAAAACCGUGUAAUUCGUCUCAAAAUACAGCCUUUAAAGGGAGGAAAUAGAAUUGAAAGGGUGGAAAGCCUCUCCGAAUAUUUUAAUAACAUUGCAAUGGUUCAAGCUAAUAAGCCAACAAACGCUUUGUUCGUUACUCCGGCUGAAGAAAGUACAGACAAUGAUAAAAAUGGAAAUGAAGAGCCCCCGCCCGUGGAUAUUGAAACUGCACCGGAAAGAAGGAAAGUUUUAAAAGUUCCGAAAACUACAACACCGUAUUAA